AUGAAGCGCACACGCCACGCAGAAGACGAUGACAAUGCGUCCUCCGCCAGCGACCAGGAUGUGGCCACUGCUCUAGCCUCCAAGAUCGUAACCUUAGACAACAGCGACACAGGUCCUGAGGCCACUACUACUGCUACGACUGUCAUACAGUGCUCGCUGCCGGGCCACACACCGGGCCUGCGGUUCUCAUCCUACCGAGACUACGAGGGGCAUUACAACACAGUUCACACGAAUCGAUGCCUCGAGUGUAGGAGGAACUUUCCCACGUCACAUGUUUUGGAUCUGCAUAUCCUGGAGCAGCAUGAUGCCCUUGCGAAAAUUAGGCGGGAGAAGGGCGAGCCAAUUUAUGCCUGUUUUGUAGAGACUUGCGGCGAGAGAUUCAAAGGUAUAGGCAAGAGGCAAGACCACUUGAUAAUGUCUCACAAGUAUCCCGCCAACUAUUUCUUCGCUGUCACAAAGUUUGGCAUUGAUGGCCGCAAAUCCAUGCUGGUCGAUGACUACAAACAUCGAGGCAACUGGCAGAAGGGUCCCCGUGGUCGCAAACCCAACAAGGCGAACGGGACCGGCUCCAGACUGGCGAGUAAGAACAUACCAAGGGAAGCCGAAGAGAGCCGAAACAGCCCCGACGAGAAGAAGGAGGCAACCGGUGAAAAUCAAGAGACGCCCGGCGUCGACGCUCAGAUGGAAGAUUUAGCAGGUGCAAUGUCGGCCCUGCGAUUCGUCCCGAGAGCAAUCCGCCUCGGCCCCAAGCACAAAGCUGAGCCCGUUCGACGAUAG